UUUUUUUUUUUUUUUUUAAUUUCAGUCUUCCACCCACUCCCCUUCCUUUUCCCGUCUGAGUGUAGCUGAGAAGUUUCCCCUUUUUUCUCAAACCAGUUUUGCUCCUGGAAUGAUCUUUACUCUAGCCAGAACAUAAAGGGAAGCUGCAUCCAAGACAAGUUUUCUCACAGACAGGACACAGACGAGUGUUGCUAGACCAGGAGAGAGGAAACCAGGAGGCUUUUGACUGCGCAGGCUCAGACAGGACAACACUGCUCACUAGUACUUCUCACUCACCAACAUGUUGGAAGAAGAUAAUGAUGAGACAUGUUGGAAUGACCUGGAGAACUUCCGGGUGAAACUGAUCUCUGUGAUAGAUCCUUCCCGUAUAACACCCUAUCUUCGCCAGUGCAAAGUGAUCAGCCAUGAUGAUGAGGAACAAGUUCUUAAUGACCCCAGCCUGGUCAUGCGCAAACGGAAGGCAGGUGUUCUUCUGGACAUUCUUCAGCGGACGGGACACAAGGGCUUUGAGGCAUUUCUGGAGAGUCUUGAGCUUUAUUAUCCACAACUGUAUAAGAAAAUAACUGGCAAGGAGCCCAGCAGGGUUUUCUCUAUGAUUAUAGACACCGCAGGGGAAUCUGGCCUGAGCCAGCUCCUGAUGAAUGAGAUCAUGAAGCUGCAGAGCACCAUGCAGGAGGAGAGGCGGAAGGCCCAGGAGCUCACCAUGUGGCUGCACACCAAAGAGGACACGAUCAAAGAGAUGUGGGUGAGGGACAGCCUGCUCCGCAAGCACCAAGAGCGGGCGCAGAAGAUGAAGGAGGAGAGGGACAGCCUGAGCAAGGAGCUGCGGAAGUGCAAGGACGAGAACUACAACCUGGCAAUGAGCUAUGCCAAACAGAGCGAGGAGAAGAGCGCUGCCCUCAUGAAGAACCGGGACCUGAUCCUAGAGAUCGAUCACUUGAAGCACAGGCUCAUGAAGGCUGAGGAUGACUGCAAACUGGAGCGUAAGCACACGAUGAAACUGAAGCAUGCCAUAGAGCAGCGUCCAAGCCAUGAGGUGAUGUGGGAGAUCCAGCAGGAGAAGGAGUUGCUCUUGGCCAAGAAUCAGGAGCUGGAGAACACUCUCCAGCAGGUUGCCAGGGAACAGAAUUUGGAGAAGAGCCUCUCCAAUGAGACUCUGGAGAAUGACUGUAGCCAGAUACUAGAAGAGCGCCGGGAGCUGAUGAACACCAUUUACAGCCUUCGCAAGGAGCUGCGGCAAGCCGAGGCGCUCCAAGAAAGAUAUGCAGAGGAAAAAGAGAUGCUUGAACUACAAUGCACGUCUCUGAGGAAGGACUCCCAGAUGUAUAAAAAACGGAUUGAAGCUGUGUUGCAGCAGAUGGAGGAAGUGGCUUCAGAAAGAGACCAGGCACUCCUGACCCGAGAACAGUUCUAUACGCAGUACUCCAAGAGCCUGGUUGAGAGGGACGCUUACCGCAAGCAGAUUCGGGAACUGGGGGAGCGAUGUGAUGAAAUGCAACUGCAGCUCUUCCAAAAGGAGAGUCAGUUACUGGCUACUGAAGCCAAGCUGAAAAGGUUGGAGCUGGAGCUACCCACACCGACCUCUGACCUGGAUGAUACCUCCUCCAGAGAUUCCCAGGAACUUACUCUUCAUGGUCAUCUAGAUGAAGAUACACAGCCGGCUAAAAGAGAUUGCCCUGAAGGACAAAACGAGCAAUUUAACCCUCAAGAGAGCAGUCUGCCUCCAAAGUCACCCAGUUUCAAGGAAUGUGGCUUAGCCAACGAGGAACUGGCAGAAAAGGAGCGGAGAAGGAUGAAGGACUGCUUUGAGCGUUACCGAAGAAAAAGAGCCAUGCGGAGGGUACCGAAGGACCGGCACCACGAGGCCGACUGGGAGAACACCACCGGCAGUGACAACACCGACACCGAAGGCUCCUGAGAGCGGCAGCCACCUGCACGGGGAACACCAGCCCGGUCUGGG